AUGGAAAACGACGAAGGCCGCGUGGUGGACUUGUACGUCCCCCGCAAGUGCUCCGCCACCUCCCGGCUGAUCCCCGCGAAGGAGCACGGCGCCGUCCAAAUCAACAUCGGAAUGGUCCGAACUUUUCUUUUUUUCAACUUUUUUUAUUUCUUUUAUUCUUUUAUUUCCAUUUUAUUUCAUUUAUUUCCAUUUUAUUUCAUUUAUUUCCAUUUUAUUGCUUUUAUUUCCAUUUUAUUCCAUUUAUUUCCAUUUUAUUUCAUUUAUUUCCUUUUUAUUUCAUUUAUUUCCCUUUUAUUUCCUUUUAUUUCCGUUUUAUUUCACGUUUUAUUGCUUUUAUUUCCUCUUUAUUCCAUUUAUUUCCAUUUUAUUUCCUUUUAUUUCCAUUUUAUUUCAUUUAUUUCCUUUUUAUUUCAUUUAUUUCUUUUACUUCCUUUUAUUUCUUUUAUUCUUCGCUUCCAAUCACUUUCGGCUUCUUUUUAA